UUUUAUAUACCCACCGACAUCCUUCCUUUACUUGUGACUUAACAAUACUACAAUUUCAGAUGAUUUGUUACAUCUUCCUUCGGCACGGUUGUGCUCUUCUUGCGCUCUCAGGGUGUUCUUUGGCCCAAUCGUCUGGAAACCUCUUGGAGAGUCUAUCAGGAGCUUCAUUGAAUCAGACAAGCUUGCCCCAGGCAAAAGCAGAUGCACAUGCAGGUGUAUCUGAUACGUUCAACAUAGCUCUACAUGAUCCAACAAUAGCACUCAGCACCCCCGGGAUGGAAAUUGGCAUAAAUUGUCCUGCAGCAGUACGCUGGAAUGAACAAUACGCAAGGAAUCUAACACUUCAAGGACCAACAGAUGAUGAGAAAGAACAAGCAUGGAUUGUCUCUUACAUGGCCCGACAUCCCGACCAAACACUCUGGGAAUUGUUUACUAAAACACUUGAUCAAGACAUACAAAAUUGGAUCCACGGGCCCAAUCCAGUGGAGAAAGCAGCUGACGGUGUUGUUCACUUUACGGUGGAGGUUAUUGAGCAAUUUAUCAAGAUGAUUUGGGCUGCCUUCAAGUGGGUCGUCAAGUUUCCUUUCAAACUUAAAAAGGAAUGGCAGCAGGUCAAAAACUUGGGUGCCGAGUUAUGGGAUGGGACCAAGAUAGCAGCACAUUUGUUUGCCGAGAGCCCAAUCAAUGGACUCAAAACGAUCACUGGUGGAUUAUUUUUACAUCUCUUAUUGCAUCCAGAGGAAUUUACAGCAGAGUCAAUACUGUUGGUUGGUGCUGGAUUCCAAGUGAUUAACUGGUUGGUUCGUGGGAUUGAGGCGAUUGCCGGAAGCUUGCCACCAAUAGUGGGGAAAGCAUUAAUGAGCUUUCUAUGGUUCAUCCAUUCGUUGGAUGAUCCACUUUUGAUUGUGACACCAAUUUUCACCAACACGGCUCAAGCACUCCAAGCUGGAAAAGGGAGUAUAUUACUAGAUGGAUCAAGUGAAGAGAAUGGUGGCUUUACGUCUGACGAUGGGAGCAAAUCAGUCACCCUACCCGCUGGGACAGUAUUACCAGCCUCAAAACAAUGUCCACUUUUACCACCCGAUUUAGCCACGCCGCCCCUGACAUACGGUAACUUAUGCCUAAGUCAAGACUCGACCAAAGUUAGAGAAAUCAUAUUUGGGACUCCAAAGCCUUCGAACGAGCUAACUUGUGAAGAACGAUUACAAGCUUACAACCAUGUCCAAAAGUUCUGGUGUUGUUAUGGUGAUAAUGGAAAGAAUUCAAUCCCCAUUCCUGAUGCUAUCCUGCAGGAUAUUCCUGGUCAAGAACAGUGGGAAGGUAAAACCUUUUGGAAAUCUGUUGACAUUGAUUGCCAGAAAAUCUUUGACGAAAACCCUCAACCUUCCAGCGGAAGAUUGACAAUCAAAUUAUGAAACUUUGUUGACAACCUUUGCCCUUUUUGGUUCACAAGUAUUUAUAUUUAUUGAGCCCAUUUCUUGUCCCCUGUGCAGUAGAAAACAAUUCAUUUUAAGAGCUCAUUGAAACUUGCAUAAAUCUUUUGUCUUACAAGCAACCUAUCAAGCAUGAAAUCUAUAUUUUUUCUCCCUUUUUUGUUUAAUAGGUAUGGCAACACUUAUUUAUAAUAUUGUAACACAUUGGUCUUUAGGCCAUUCAAACCAGAAAGAAUCUUGUACAAUAAUCGAGAAGACAGACAAAACAAACCAGUGAACCAGUGAUAGCGCUAACAAUGAAGCUUCUAUGGCAGGCAGAAGGGGAGUGUGGA